AUGCUCGGCACUCCGCACAUCGAGAAACUUCUGGAUCUGGAGUUCGUCGUGGUAUCAUACAACUAUCGACUCUGUCCAACAAUAUCCGUGCGCGAGGGACCGGUAGCCGACGCGAUCGAUUGCUACAAAUGGGCCCAAAAAGAUUUGCCUGAGCUACUCAAGCAGGAAGCUGAUGUGGAGGCUGGACAGCCAAAGCCACCUUUGGCGAUAUUAGACCUAUUUGGGAUGAAGUAUCUGGAAGAUCCCUUUUACCACGAACCUCAGAAUGCGCUAUCAGCGCUACGUCCAGUAAGUGAACAGUUCUUGCUAAAGGUCUUCGAUGAAGUUCCACCGCCGACAGGUUCUCCACCACCUUUCGGGCCCAAGGGCCCUGAUCUCAGCACUCCUCGCAAUGCUUGGCUGUUGACGGGUCUGAAGGAGGGAACUCUCUUAGAUAAAAUACUACCACAAGAAGAUUAUGCGGUAGUGGAGCCAACCAAGUUGUUUUCGACCGGGCAUUUCCCCCCGACAUAUUUCAUACACGGCACCACAGACACGGUAGUGGAUGUCAAGUUUGCAAGGCGUGCGCAUGAGGAAUUGAAAGCUAAGGGCUCCGAUACUCAUUUGGUAAUUGUCGAAGGAGCACCCCAUGGUUUCGACGCUAGAAUUAAUGCUGGUGACAAGCUGUUUGAGACAAUUACAAGUGGAUUGGAGUUUCUCCAGGCGCAGGUUGCAAAAAGUCGACAAUGA